AUGAGCAAGUGCAAUCCUGUAACUAGAAUAAUCCCUGCAUGUUUUGCAUGGAUUAUUUUACUGCUCUCUACUGGAGCAUUUUUCGCAUUCCCAUGUCGCUACUUGAUGUCUGUAUACAGUAUUGCUAUACCAGUUGUCCAAGGUGUAAUUACAGUAUUUGUAAUUGUGAACUUUACUUUGGCGACUUUUGUUAAUCCUGGCGUCAUUCCAAAAGCUACACAAGAUGAAAUCAAAGGAGAUGGCCUUGGAGGUCCUACGUAUCAAGACAUUGAAAUUCAUGGCGUACGGGUGCGUUUGAAGUGGUGUGUCACUUGUCAGUUUUACCGUCCUCCACGUUGUGUUCAUUGUGGUAUCUGUGACAACUGCAUUGAGACAUUUGAUCACCAUUGUCCAUGGGUCAACAAUUGCAUUGGAAGACGAAAUUAUCGUUAUUUUUUCAUGUUUCUGCUUUGGCUUAGCAUACAUAUGAUAUCCAUUCUUGGCCUAUGUUCUUUAUACAUAAAAGACCAUUUUGAGGAUUUCAAAAAAUUAGACACUAUUCUGACUAUUGUUAUAGUUGGAAUCAUCAUUGUUCUUUUUAUACCUAUUAUUGGACUUACUGCAUAUCACACGAUAUUGAUUAUACAAGGAAGAACAACUAAUGAAAAAGUUACAGGAAAAUUUUUGGAUGUUCCUAGUCCAUAUACAAGAGGUUGCUGUAAAAAUAUUAUUUAUAGUUUGUGCUAUAGUCCUAUUCCUAGGUAUAAAAAGAAAAGCUCCUUUUAUACUUCAGUUGAUAAAUAUCACAGAAAAGGUUCUGGUGAUCAAAAAGAGACUCAAGCAAUCAGUCCUGCAAAGAAUUCUGGAGGUUUUAAGUUUGUGGAUCAAAUGGACUAUUCGACUUCUAAACAGACACAGUUCGAUGAUGAGUCUCCUCCAUCAUACCUCAACAGAGGGAGACUGCACUUGAGUCUCAGCGAGUCAUUGCAUACAAAACAGCCAGAAUCAUCUGCAAGAAGCCGUAGCUCCCGAGCCCUUACGCCUCCGGUGCCAAUUAGGUUUGACUGUUCAAGGAGAUCACUCCCUCCCCACAAUAGACUUCAUGCACCAUCCCCUCACUAUGUAGUUGCUCAAUCAGUCCAUGGUACCGUGUUCCACACCCAGCGAGAUACCUCUAAAAUCAGUGCUUGUACUUCAAGUCAUUCUUCUAAUCCUGUUUUAUAUUAUCAGAAUUCAAACCUCUACAAAUAUGAGUAUGGAACAUCUACAGAUGCUUGUGGAUCAUCCAAUUUUUAUUCUCACUUGUAUAAAAAGAAGGAUCCACUAUCUAAAUCUGACGGAUUUGCAUUCCCCGUUGCAGAUGCGAUUAACAAUGGAAAAGGGUUAUCAUCUGAUACAUGUUGCUUGGGCAAUCAAACUGUCGAUAAACUACAAGAGCUUGCAAAUAGAACCAUGAUGGGGGGACAGUGUACUGAUGUUUCUGUGCUAGAAGCUUUUCCAAAAGGGUGUAGUAGCUUUCACAAUAGUCCAAGUAAAGAACAUCAUGAUGCACACCAGCUACUUAUUGCCCAAACUCCUCAGCAGUUAUUCGUCAAUAACUGUGUUGAAUGUCAACAGAAUUCUUCAAACCAUUCUUGCCAAAGCAGCAUAUCUAGUGAAUUUGCACGGACUCCGGGUAACAGACCUUUGUCGUUUGUGAAAGCAAUGGAGAUGUCCGAAGGCCUAGAGUGGAAUCCUAAUGACCGUCAGUACUCUAGGCAAAUGGAUUCUUCCCAUGUCAAACCUGCAUAUGACAUUGCUGCAAAUUACAAAACUACAUCACCAAAUUCUGAAACAACUACAAAUUACAAAAUUACGUCACCAAAUUCUGAAAUGAAUUAUGAGAUGAAAGGACAGAAAAAUGAUCAUGAAAUCAGCUAUGAGAUUUCAGUCUGA